AUGAAGGUUUUUGUGUCCAAAUAUGUAUUAUUGUUUUCUAUGUUACUAACUAUUCUUGUUACUUUGCAAUUUGAGGGUGGAAAAAGUAGUUCAUUCCAAAAUGAUGAAGUAAAACUAACGAUUACCAACACCUUACAAAACAACAUUCAACUUGGUCUUCACUGUCAAUCCAAAAAUGAUGAUCUUGGAGGCCAAACACUAAGAACUUCAGAAAGUUUUUCUUUCACCUUUAGGCCAAACUUUUUUACAAUUAAUACCUUAUUUUUUUGUAAGUUUACAUGGGCUAAUGAAGUUCACUACUUCGAUGUUUAUGUUCAAAGAAGAGAUUUUGAGUCAAGCGACUGUAGGCGUACGUGUGAUUAUAACAUAAAGGAAUCAGGACCAUGUAGGGCUAGUAAUUGUUUUCUUGGAAUAAGAAUGUUGUGGUAG